AUGUGGGAAUCCAUUUGCCUGACGCUCGCGGCCACCGCCGGUAACAAUAUCGGCAAGGUUCUGCAGAAGAAGGGCACUAUUAUCCUCCCUCCUCUCUCCCUCAAGCUUAAGGUGAUAAGGGCAUAUGCUGAAAACAAACCUUGGGCUUUAGGUUUUCUUAUGGACAUUUUUGGGGCUUUGUUGAUGCUGAGAGCACUUUCACUUGCCCCUGUGUCUGUUGUUCAACCAGUCUCGGGAUGUGGACUUGCCAUUCUUUCCGUCUUUUCGCAUUUUUACUUGAAGGAAGUCAUGAAUGUUUUUGACUGGAUUGGGAUUACCGUAGCUGGCAUUGGCACCAUAGGAGUCGGUGCUGGUGGUGAGGAGCAAAAAGCAUCGCUAAUAUCUGUCUUCCAGUUGCUGUGGCUAGCAUUUGUUGUUGCCAUCUUGUUUGUGCUACUAAAUGCGUGGCUUCAUAUCUUCAAACGCCAGCGCAGAGAACAGGAGCUGGGGGAAUAUGAAGUCGUGGAAGAGAUAAUAUAUGGCUUGGAAUCUGGGAUUUUAUUCGGGAUGGCAUCUGUAGUAUCAAAGAUGGGUUUCGUAUUUGUGGAGCAGGGGUUUUCUGCAAUGUUCAUUCCCAUGUGCAUUUCCAUUAGUAUAUGCUGUAGCGGAACUGGAUUCUUCUACCAGACUCGGGGACUUAAACACGGGAGAGCAAUUGUAGUAUCAACUUGCGCUGCUGUGGCAUCAAUUGUGACAGGUGUGGUUGCAGGAAUGUUUGCUCUGGGCGAGAAAUUGCCCACUUCCCCAUCUGGACGACUUUUACUUCUCUUGGGAUGGUUACUUAUCAUGUUGGGUGUUGUAUUACUCGUGACUUCAUCGAGGCUUAUCAGACAUCUUCCACGGUCAUUCCGGCGUUCGAGACAGAGCAGUGGAGAAAGAGGUUUCAGCUUAAGGCGAACAGCUUCUCACGGACCAAAGGAUACAAACCCAAGUGCGGUUAUCCAAGCAGCAACAUUGCACCAUCUGUUAUCAACCCCAUCAAAAGAGAAAGACUAA